AUGUCAAUUUUAAAUCUCUUUUCCUCGGGAUCUCGUGCUACCAUACCGCGGUUCCACCAGGACGAAAACCACGAUUCCAUAGAUCUCCAGAUCAAGUCCCUUCUCUACCUUUUCAAGAGAUGUCAGAUCGCCAAGUUGGCCCAUUUCCUCAAUUCAGACGGAAGUUUCAGAUAUAAUGAAAGUGGAUCUGGUUCUGUCAAUUUUGGCCAGGAAGAGUCUACCUAUUACCAGAAGCUUGACCAAGUCUACAACAUAGAAGGGUUCAAACAUAGUCUUAUUAAGGACGAGUAUCGUGUGAUGGUUGAUUUCUGCAAAAACAAGUUCAGAUCGUUUUGUAUCGUUUCAGAUUUGCCCAGUGCUAAUUUGUCUAGACCCAAUUCUCCGGUGAAAGGAGCUGGUAUCAAUGAAGAAAGUGGAGACUUUCCCAGCUUUAGAGACAGCAAAGAUAGAAAAGUCAGGCACUUUAGAUUUGUACUAUUGCCAUUAGAAGGUCUCACUGUAGAGUUUGUAGCGAAUACGUUGUCAGGUUCUGACAUCUAUCACGAGCAUUUUAGCUAUAUGGAUUUUUCUUCCAGACACCAGAAUGCCAUUGACAGCAUCAAGAAGGUUAUUCGGGAUGACAGAAUCGACAUGAAAUCACCAGCAAAAGAAUUUUCUAUUUCUGAAAAUGAAAAGGCUGCCAUCAUUAGAGAAUACCUUAUCGCUGUAGCAUUUAACGUCCAAGUCAUGAGAAUAUAUGAGGAGUAUAUUAAACACCAUCCACUUGUGAAAACACCAGUUUCGACUCCAACAAGAAUGAAAACUACGACAACGUCUUUAAGUUCCUCUCCUAUUAAGAGUUCUUCUUCCUACAAGUCGUUGAAUGCCCCAUUGGCACACCUCUCCAGCUCUCCACCUAAGAAAUUAUCUCCCAGAAAAUCAAUAGCAGAUCUAAGAUCGCCUACAAGAACGGACCAGCCUACUACACCUCUCAGAAGUAAACCUUCCAUUGCAAAGUUGAGAUUGGAAGAGCUCUAUAAUCCUGUUGCAGCGCCUCAAGGUUCUUUCGGUUUAGACAACCCAUUUGUGGAGUCCAGCAAAUCAGAAACCAGCUCGUCCACACUAUCAGAAACAUCCUCGAUUGGCAACGAAAAGGCUCAGAGUCCUUCCAGAACUAACUUUGAGUUACGUAUGGACGUCUACGAGAAAUGUAAGACAGCUGUAGUGGACAAGCUCAAGAAGGAAAAGAAUAUUAUAUCCGACUGA